UUGCGCAGGUUAGAUCAGUCGGCGAAGGUUAGGUGCGCGAUUCGUAUCAGUCUUCAUCGACGUGUCAAACGCGAGCGAAGGCAAAUGGCGGCCACUAGGGAGGACGACAUUCCCGCGCUCGAGGAACAAGUUGAGAAGCUCAACCUCUCCACCGUGUCGGACGACGCGGUGACGGACAAGGGCGACGAUGAUGACGCCGCCGACUACGGAAAUGCCGAUGAGCCGCAGCUCUGGGGCUUCGAGACGCGAGAGCUUUACAAGCUCGCGCUCAACUUCUACAAAGAGAAAAAGGGUAAGGCCGUGCACAUCUCUUAUGAAGACAAGCUAAAACUGGUGGCGUUCAUCCAGCAAGUGACGCAUGGCAAGUGCACAGCCGAGAAUGCACCGCCACUGGGCGUCCUGGACGUGAUUGGGAAAGACAGGCGUUUGGCGUGGCAGAACCUAGGUGACAUAACCAAGGAGCAGGCGAUGGAGGGUUUCAUAGUACUAUUGGACAAGCUAUGUCCCUUGUUCAGGACUGUGGUGGAAGCGCAGAAAAGGGAUUUCGAGGAGAAGGAACGACUCAAGAAGGAGGAAGAAGUCAGGAAGGAGGAGGAAGAGAGGAAACUCAAGGAGUUGGAGGAGCAGCGUAAGAAACAGGAGGAGGAAAGACUGAAGGAGGAGACUCAGCGAAGGCAAAUUCAAGAUGCUCUGAAUCAGCAGACGUACCAUCAAUUCAAGAUGUAUGCAGAGCAACAGUAUCCUGGCAACCCAGAGCAACAGGGUGUCCUGAUCAGGCAGUUGCAGGAACAACACUAUCAUCAAUACAUGCAACAACUGCAUCAGAAUAAGUUGGACCAGAGCGAAGAAGAUAAGAAAAUCGAGCCAGAGAGCUCGUCGAAGGAGGACGACAACAAGGAUGCGUCAAACACGAAUGAUGAAGAUGACUCUGACGAGAUGGAAGACUGGCCUCCCAUCACGCCCGCGGAGAUGUGGACGCGAAAAGGCGUGGAAGAGUUCAAGCGAACUAUCUGGAGAGAAGCGCCCGACGCGGUCAUCAGGGUAGGCCACGGCGAGACCGUGACCGUUCGCGUGCCGACGCACGAGGGCGGCACGUGCCUGUUCUGGGAGUUCGUCACGGACUCCUACGACAUCGGCUUCGGCGUGUACUUCGAGUGGUCCAAGCCCGACACGAACCAAGUGUCCGUGCACAUCAGCGAGUCCGAGGACGAGGACGACGAGGACGAGGAAUACGAGCAGAGGAGCGACCUGGAGAGCGGCCCGACGAACAACAACCCACGGCCGGAGCGGCGGAUGACCACGCCGCCCAUCAGCGUCAUAGUACCCGUCUACAGAAGGGACUCUCAGGACGAAAUUUACGGCGGUAGUCACCAGUACCCGGGUGAGGGAGUGUACCUACUGAAAUUCGACAACUCUUAUUCGCUUUGGCGCAGCAAAAGACUGUACUACCGAGUGUACUACACGCGCCAGGGUGAGGGCUUCACGAACAAUAACAACAAUUAAUCCGCGAACGGGACGCGUAUCGAGCGUAUGCCUGUUGAGCACUAGCCUUCACGUAAAUGUACUAAUAAUUGUACUACACUGAGGGAAAGAAUAUCUAAGAAAUUGGCGAUUAUUCACUCGGAGUGGGCACUGAUAGCAAAUUUAUCUUGUACCAGUAUAAAAUAUUUUCCAAGUAAGAAAUUGUACAAUUUUACGAAGCCCUAAGAGAAUCCUAGCUUCUCACGAGAAAGCAACUAGUUUAUCUGCUUGAAUAAAAUGAUUUUGAUUCAAAUAAACAUGCCUCAUUCCCCACCAAAUGAAUAUUCACUAUUUACAAGAUAUUUUUUCUCUCAAUGUAACAAUGCUAGUCCCAACUGAAUUCAGAGUCUGAUGUGUCGAUUCGGUUCGUGUAUAGAACAACACACUGUUCGCACACACAUACACACAUACAAAAAGAGAUAUAUUUAUUGUUUAGUUAAGUAAGGACACGUUCUCUAUUCUUUCAAGUGGCAAAACCGCGUACACGCGUCAAAGAAUAAAAAAAGGAGGACUGGCUCCUCUCUUGAGACAUCCGGCUACUCGGGAAAAGAUCUCUUAUGUACAUGGCGCACAUUAUUUAUGUAACUCGGAUUUGUUUCCUCUGUCUGCAUGAUAUUGCGUACCCGCGGCUCGUGCAAACCACACGCGUAUGUUUAUUAUUCUGUUGUAUAGACGGUGCAUUCUCUUCGCGAUUUCGAGAGCCAUUUUAAAGCAUUCAUGUCGGCGUGAUGUGAAUCUUUAUAUGUGUAUGUGCGAAAAGAUGUUCCGUAUUGAAAGACGUAUUAAAUGUAUAUGUAUAUACAUACACACACACACAUAUAUAUGUGUGUGUGUGUGUGUGUGUGUGUAUACAUACACACGCACACAUAUAUGUAUGUAUGUGAGAGCAACACGCUGUCUGUAUAAUCCGUAUUUGUUUAAUCUGUAUACUCGUUCAGUCUGUAUCAUCUAUAUAUUCGUUUGGUCUUUUUUUUCGUGCGACUCGAUGUUAUGUGUUGUACAACUCUUAUUAAUAGUAUUAUUUUUUUGCUUUGGAGAAAUAUAGCGACAGAAAAAGAAUAAAAAAAACACGUGAAUCCGGCAGAAAAAGAUAUCGUGUCUUUCAGCAAAUUCCGUACACGCGAGCGUUAUUAUUUCCUCGAUGAAACAAAUAUUGCAGUCUUUAACGUUUACUUUGUUGACCCACAAUCGCGCUCUUAAUCAUGUCUGUGUCAAAUUGCCGAAUUUCAGCAGCAGCAUUGUUAGAACAGAAGAUUCAAAACGUACAUUUCUGCACGUCUCUCUCGAGAGGUGUAGAGAUUUUUUAUAGCAGGACAUUCUCUCGUUUCAUGGAAUUUCUACGGAAAAAGAAUUUUAUAAUAUAUAUAAGCUUGUUAUCAAUGUAGAAUACGAAGAAACGGAAGAAAAAAGCUAUUCAAGUUAAAUUUAUCGUGCAUUCGCCUAUAAAUUGCACAAUACACCUGUCUCGAGCAAUUUUCAAAUGUACGAACAAAAAUGUGUUUCAAGCCAAUAUUGAUGUAAUAACAAUAAUAAUGAGAUUUAUGUUUCAAAUAUGUCUAUAAGCAUUAAUACCCGUCUGUAAUUUCUCUUUUUAUAAAUGAUAAAAGCUAAAAUGUGUAUACA